AAAAUCAAAGACGCCAUCGAAAGGAAGCACUAUUGGGACGGAGCUCUUCACGCGGUGGCCGUCCUCUGGGAGGCUCACGGAUACGUAUGGCACGGAUAUGAAGUGAUCGGUUUGGACAACAUUCCCGAUGACGGACCCGCUUUGAUUGUAUAUUACCAUGGUGCAAUACCUAUCGAUUACUACUACUUAUCUGCCAAAUGUCUUCUCACGAAGAAUCGACUGAUCCGAGCGGUUGGCGAUCACUUCCUCUUCAGAAUUCCAGCCCAAUUCGGUGACGAAAGGUAUCGCUUAAUGUGGGGCCAGAGGACAGGGUUCGCGAGAGUGGCACUCGAGGCACAGGUGCCUAUCAUUCCGGUCUUUACGCAAAACAUUAGGGAAGCGUUUCGUUCAUUAUCUUUGGGCCAAACAUUCUUACGGCGAAUCUACGAGAGGAUCAAACUUCCAUGUGUUCCCAUUUAUGGCGGAUUUCCGGUCAAACUCACAACUAUUAUCGGGAAACCCAUUCCAUACGACCCCUCCAUAACACCCGAAGAGUUGGUCGAAAAGACAUCUCUGGCCAUUGAGGAUCUGAUCCGCAAGAAUCAAAGAGUUCCCGGAAGUAUUCUGAAGGCAAUGAUCGAUAGAUUUUAUAGUUAUCCAAAGGAAAAGUGUAUUUGAAUGACACAUAUAAUGGGUGUUCCGAACAAUUAUC